CUGUCUUCCUGAGGGUGGAGCUCAGUCAGAGGCUGUGCUCCUUCCUGCUGCUCACACCCUAGGUAGCACAGCUGAGGAGGACAGAGGCCGGUCUGCCCCUUGCUUACUGCAGCCACAGCGGGAGUAUCCAGCGUCUGCGUUUCCCAGGAGAGGAGUGUUCCUGUGCCAGGUCUUCAGAGAGCACUUCACGAGAUUCAGCAUUUUCUGGUCUUUUACUGGAAACAUUUGGAUCUGACCUGUGACACCAGAAAUUUCUUUUCUCUCCUGAGCUGCUCUUCAUCUCUUUGUUGAAGCCUUCCUGAGAUCUUCAAUACUUUUCUACAAAUCACACCUCUCCUGAAACCAACCAUGAGCCAGUCCUCCUCCUCCAGAUCGCCUGCCCCAAAUGAUCAUGAUUUGGCCUUCAACUUUGACAUGUUUUUUAAGGCAUUCAAGUUAGAAAGGAAAAUCCUCUCUCAGGAAACAAUCAAUUUGAUUCAUUCAUGCCUGAUGAUUGGGAACCUUCAGACAGCAGUUGAUAUCAUCACUGAGGCACUGAGAGAGAUCGAGAAUGCUCCACUGAGCAUUGCUGUGACUGGGGAGACUGGGUCAGGGAAGUCCAGUUUCAUCAAUGCCCUGAGGGGUAUUGGGCAUGAGGGAGAAGGUGCAGCCCCCACUGGGGUGGUGGAGACCACCAUGGAGAGACUUCCAUACAAACACCCAAAGUUUCCAAAUGUGACAUUCUGGGACCUGCCUGGCAUUGGUUCCACUACCUUUACACCAGAGACAUAUCUGAAGAAACUGAACUUUGGUGAGUAUGACUUCUUUAUUAUUACCUCUGAUACACGCUUCAGGGAAAAUGAUGCACAGCUGGCCAAAGCAAUUGGAAAAACAGGGAAGAAUUUCUACUUUGUUCGAACAAAAGUGGACAACGAUAUACAUAAUGAACGAAGAAGUAAACCUCAGACCUUCGACCAGGAGAGAAUCCUACAAAUGAUUCGCAAGAAAUGUCAGGGAAAACUACAGGAGGACAAUGUGAGUCACCCUCGGGUCUUCUUGGUCUCCAACAUUGAUGUGUCUGACUAUGAUUUCCCAAACCUGGAGAUGACACUUCUGAGGGAACUCCCAGCCCAGAAGCGCCACAUCUUCAUGCUCUCCCUGCCCAGUGUCACUGAGGCCGCCAUUGACCUGAAGAGGGACUCCCUGAGGCAGAAGGUGUGGCUGGAGGCACUGAAGGCUGGAUUCCUGGCCACCAUCCCUUUUGUGGGUGUGAUCAGUGAUCUGGAGAAGCUGGAGGAGACCUUAACCCUGUACCGGUCUUACUUUGGCCUGGAUGAUGCAUCCCUGGAAAUCAUGGCCAAGGAUUUGCAUGUGUCAGUGGAGAAACUCAAGUCACACAUUAAGUCUCCACAUUUGCUGUCUGUUGAGAAGGAUAAAGAUUCCCUAACGAAAAAACUGUUGAAAUGUAUUGAAAUGGUUUUGUCAGCCAUGGGGGGGCCCCUUGCCACUGGACUGUACUUUUCAAAGACCUUCUAUUUGCAAAAUUGCUUUCUUGAUACUGUGGCUAGUGAUGCUAAAGCUCUCCUUAAAAAAGAGCUUUUCACAGAAAAGACCAGUCUUUCCUAGUUUUACACCUAUGUAUGUUGGGAGAGAAAUUGGGACGAUGAGGCCCAGACCCCCUGCAUCCUUGGUCCCAGCAGCUGGCUUCAUGGUAGAGAGUUCCUCCAGGCAAGCCUGGUGCUUCUGUGCCAUUUCAGGCCUCCUGAGCUUUCCAUGCUCCCAGCCCUGGAUUAACCUCUUCCUUUAGUACCUUUCAUGACAAAAUGUUGGAUUAACUGUAAAGGCUUGCUCAAAAUCUCCCUAUGGAAAUAAAGGAAGGGAGUCUGGCAUUCUAGACUGAGAAAUGAGACCAUCUCAGUGGCCCAGCUACUUUGUGUCCAGGGCUAGACUUAUUAACAUUAUACUAAUGUCAAAUUGCUUAUCUCAAUGCCUGGCACCCAGUAGGUGCUCUAUAAAUGUUUGAUGAAUGGUCCUAUCCCAUGCUUAGUAGUCAUUCCCGACCUGCCCCUCUGAUGGAUCCUCUGUCUCCUUCCAGAGCCAAUUGUCUUGUCUGACAAGCCUCUGCAAUGUAACAAUAAAGAACACAGUAGUAUAAGCCCUGA